GCUCAGCAGCAUCAUGGCGGCUGUGCUGCAGUGAGGUGCUGACGUCAGAAUUAUGCCCAUGCACGCAUAUGCUUCAACUUUUUAGCAAGAAGAAAAAAACAAAACAAAACAAACGAAACAAAACUAAGAAAAAAAAAACUAAAAUAAAAUUAUCAUGUCUCGCCACAGGAAUGUUCGAGGGUAUAAUUACGAUGAAGAUUUUGAGGAUGACGACAUUUAUGGACACUCGGUGGAUGAUGACUACUGCAUCUCACCCGCUACGGCUGCUCAGUUCAUUUACUCGCGGCAGGACUCGAGGCAGCGGCAGGUAGAGCCGCUGGAGGAGGAGGAGGAACACGAGGAAGAGGUGGAGAUGCCGACCUCGCCCAUGGUCACGCAGAUGCUCGACCCGAUGACACAAGGUAAGCUCUACUCCUGUUUGGACCAGAUGAGGACGGUGCUGGGCGACUCAGUCCCCGACUCCACACUGAGCGAGGCGGCGAUGAAGUACGACUGCGAUCCCCAGCGAGCUCUCGACUCCAUCCUGUCUGCAGAAAGUAGCAGCAAGCAGACGACCGCGCCCAAAACCUGCCCUCCAUCACAGAAAGCCAAACCCCGUGAGCUUCCCGAGACCCGUCUCGAAUCCGAAGUGCUUCCGAAAGUGGCCCGGAUGACCGUCUCUGGAAAGAAGCAGACCAUGGGCUUCGACGUGCCAAGCUCAGAGGAGAAUGGAGUCACCCCGUCCGUACGCACAGGUCCGAGCCCAGACGUGACGGCGCCAGCAGCUCCGGAGACUCCGUCUAAAGCGGCGUGUGCGACCGAGGACCCGGCAACCCCGGCGCCACCCCGGUCCACCAGCAAAUCCAAACAGCAGCGCAACAUCCGCACCGAGCUGGAGCAGAGGCAGGGCGGGAAACCGCUUCUCAACCUGGUCGUCAUAGGACACGUGGACGCCGGGAAGAGCACGCUCAUGGGUCACCUCCUAUACCUGCUGGGGAACGUGAAUAAACGCACCAUGCACAAAUACGAGCAGGAGGCCAAGAAAGCCGGCAAGGCGUCUUUUGCUUACGCCUGGGUGCUGGACGAGACCGGAGAGGAGCGAGACAGAGGAGUGACCAUGGACGUGGGCAUGACCAAGUUUGAGACCGGCUCCAAAGUCGUGACGCUGAUGGAUGCCCCAGGACACAAAGACUUUAUUCCUAACAUGAUCACUGGAGCGGCACAGGCAGACGUGGCCGUGUUGGUGGUGGACGCCAGUCGGGGAGAGUUCGAGGCCGGGUUCGAGGCAGGCGGUCAGACCAGAGAACACGCUCUCCUCGUACGAUCCCUCGGCGUCACCCAACUCGCUAUCGCUGUCAACAAGAUGGACCAGGUGAACUGGCAACAGUCGAGGUUCCAAGAAAUCACUUCCAAACUCGGCCAGUUUCUCAAGCAGGCCGGGUUCAAGGACUCAGAUGUGUAUUACGUCCCCACCAGCGGUCUGUCAGGACAGAAUCUCACCACCAGAAGCACCGAAGCUGCCCUCAGUGCCUGGUACAAAGGCCCAAGUCUGCUGGAACAGAUAGACUCGUUCAAAGCACCUCAGAGAUCAGUCGAGAAGCCCUUCAGACUCUGCGUGUCAGACGUCUUUAAAGAUCAGGGUUCUGGCUUCUGCGUGUCCGGGAAAAUCGAAGCCGGCUUCGUACAGACAGGCGACCGAGUGCUGGCCAUGCCUCCCAACGAGACCUGCACUGUGAAAGGUAUCAGUCUUCACGAUGAGGCGUUAGACUGGGCGGCCGCCGGUGACCACGUCAGUCUGACCGUCACAGGGAUGGACAUUAUAAAGAUCAAUGUCGGCUGUGUUUUCUGUGACCCCAAGGAGCCCAUCAGGGCCUGCACUCGCUUCCGAGCCAGAAUCCUUCUGUUUAACAUUGAAUUCCCGGUUACACAAGGAAUCCCUGUGCUGUUGCACUACCAGACAGUGAGUGAGCCUGCCACCAUCAGGAAGCUCGUCAGUGUGUUACACAAAACCAGCGGCGAGGUUCUGAAAAAGAAACCCAAAUGUUUGGGUAAAGGUCAGAACGCUGUGGUGGAGAUUCAGACUCAGAGACCUGUGGCUCUGGAGCUCUAUAAGGACUAUAAAGAACUCGGCCGCUUCAUGCUGCGCUAUGUCGGCUCCACCAUCGCUGCUGGGGUCGUCACAGAGAUCAAAGAAUAAACUGCAGCCGCACCCAGGACGUCCUUCAGGACAUGCUAACUGGACUGAGGAGCCACCGAACAGAAGUGCAGUUCCACCGCUAAACUGAAAGUCAUUCAAACGCACACACACGCACGCACACACACACACACGCAUACACAUAUAUUCAUCCUGAUCAUAUCCGCUCUUGUCUAAAACAAGUCCCACCCAAAGUCUCUGUGUCUGCAUGCCUCCGAUCCCCUUCCUUGUCUCACGAGUGGCUCUUUAACACCACACAAGCACAGUUUGUUUGACGUCUCUGAUGAACAAACUGAAAAACAGCAUUUUGAUUAUUUGACUAUUUUACGUAGCUUAAUUUAAAUCUUAAUUUGGCUAAAAAAAAAAUAUUUAAAAAAGCUAGUAGGGGGAAAAAGGCCAAUUCACCCUAAAUGAGGUGACAUGUUUUAAGGGUGCUUUUUUUUUGUUUGUUUGUUUGUUUUUGUUCUUGUUUGAGUCUAUUUAUGAAUUCUUCAUCAAGGGCUUUGGCAUCUCAGAACCAAAUAUGAUAAUAUGCAUUGUUAUUUCAAGACACCUUUCUCUGGUAUUCAGUGUUGCUGAUUAAUCCUGUGACUGAAUGGAAAUGAACAGCCUGCUCAGGCCUGCACUUAUGUUUAACAACAUCAACAAAAAAAAAGUUAAUAAAAACAACAAUCUUAAACUGUGCAACUAAUGUAACACUACCGAUCUGAGCCGGGAGAAGGAGGUUUAAGCAGGCCAGGCGCACAUUGGUCAGGGUUCUCCUGGGGAGAGGACGAGCUGAAGCACCUGAAGAACGUGUCUGAACUCAUAAGAAACUCUGGCAGGAGGGAAACGUAUUUAAAUUGCUGUUUGGGGUUUAAUGAAGCUGAACUUGUCGAAACAUCUGAAUGCUGCUUCGGUAUGAAAAUAAAGUCAUCUAAAUGGCU